CAUGCUUGACUCUUUGCAUCAUCGCUCUCCUUGAUCUGUGACACUUUCAAUCACGGACUACACAUCAUUCUCCUGUCUUAAAUCCUCUGAGUAACCAGCUAUCUUCCCAAGGACUUGUAUUUAUUGACGACACAAUGGUUGUCAAUAUACCCGUUUCCUCAGGGCCGGGACUCAAAAGGUCUUUGUCGUCUAUGCAAGAUGGCUGUGCUGGUUGGGAGAGUGCUUCGCCCAUGGGGCCCCCCUUACAUCCCUCCUUCAGCCUUCCUUUCGCUCAUUAUGCCUUGAUUUACUACGAUAACAUGGGCAAGAUCAAGGUCUCCGAGUCCCCAUCCAUCCAAGAGCAGCACUGCUCCGUCUUUACGCCCGAUGUCCGUGAAAAGUUCCUUGAGAUAAUCGGCCCCAAGAUAGGAUACAACAAGCCACUGAUACGUCGUAUGUGCUGUCCCUCGGUGGCUCAAUACCAUCAUCCCCAUGAUACAGCGGCAUACCACCGUCACGGCAAACGCCGUAAGGCCUCCGCCCAGGACCCUAAUCUUGGAAUGUCCUUUAGCGAACAGUUCCCCGAGCCUAUCCCACAGAUCCCUUCACCCACCACCAACAACAUGGUAGCUCUGGCAAUCGGUCACACCGCAAAGGUCCUAGAGUACUACGAAACGGCCCUUAAACACUUCCAGCAAAUAAACUGUCGUCUCAUUGCAAAAGCAUUCAUAAAAUUUAUCGAGCCACGCAAGCAAGUGAAGCACCCAUACAACGGUGGCAGGCCGAGAGCAGGCGCUCCGCCCGGCGAGAAGGGGGACCCAGAAAAGACGAAACCUGAGUGGUGGCCCGCUGGAGUUCAGCACAAGGAGCCCGAUCACCUAAAGAAAGACCAACGACUUCGUCUCUUGAUCCACAUCCUGCGUAAGCUGGGCAGGUUCAACAUCACCUCAGAAAAGCUGCAGGAAGUCGCACAAGACUCGAAAAGACAGCUUCGCCCUGAAGAAAGUAUGGAGGAUAAGAUGGAGAUCCUCAACGAGAUUUUCAAGGUCAGGCGACUAGAAGAGCGAUUCGAACGGGGAGAAGUUGNCGCGGAUACCAUGGUAUACAUUCGCAACCGUGAUGCACCGACCAAGGACAUUAAGGACAAUGAGUCCGUGGUGAGCGACACGGAGCAGAAGAUUGAGCCUGAAGACUUCGAAGAUGAGGAGGACCCAUUAAGCUCAGCACCAUACUCAGAGCAUUUGCCCUCAUUUCCUGCCGUCGACCCUCUAGCCUUGCAGACACGCUCUUUCAGUAUGAGCAACGACCGGAGCCAAACAUUCCCCAUGAAUGAUAGCCUAAACUCCGGCGAUCCAUCAAGACAACCCCGCCCAUACUUUACGACGUCGGCCGAGUACGCAGAUGACUAUCAAUCACAUUCUAUGCUGAGAACUGCAGCACCUGACCUGCAAGCCAGUCACUUCGAUGCUUGGAACUCACCAUUCCGGCCUAAUCUCUACAAUCCGAUGGAAUAUGCGCCUGCUCAGACGCUUACCCAGAACCCAAUACACUACCCGCUGCCGAUGAACUCGCCUCCCACUCACGGCCUGCCUCAAGACUUGGGCCGUGAAAGGCACAUGGACAUUUUAGGAGGAAGGUCAUCACUUACCAAAUCUUUCUAAGGGCUGGCUUCUACCCUCGCUCAACUCACCUUAUCGCCGCUUCGUUAUGAUGAUUGUAUCUGCUCGAACAAAUUAGCCCAUCUGAGCGCUUUCUUUUUUGAACGACUUCAU